CUUUUAAAUUGGUGCGCAACUUAAGAAUGCUGGAGGCAGUGCUGUUAGAAGAGAGCGCGGGAGAACCCACUGACCAGGAAAUAUUGCUAUACGCUGAAAGCAUCGGUAUUGAUGUAGAAAAGGAGCGUGAUCUGCUGUAUAUUGCGGAGGAGGGAAUUUCAGCGAAUCUUCCGAAAGGUUGGCAAGUUCUAAAGGAUGAAAAUAACCAAAUAUUUUAUUAUGAUAGCAAAUCAGGCAUAAGUAUAUGGGAACAUCCAUUGGAUGAGUACUUUCGAAACUGUGUCAUAAAAGCACGUCAAAAAAACCAACGUGGUGCUCAAACAGUUAAGCAUUCUAAACAUGAUGAUGAAUCGUCAGAAAGUUGCGUGUCUCCCGCCAAUAAUGUUCUCCCUCACUCCAAACAGGAUAUGGCUAAUAAACAAACACCUAAAGGUUUCACGACAAAUACGAUCCAAAUAAAGACUCACGUUCUCAUUCUCCUGGUGAUUGUAAACAAUCUGAAACGAACAAAGAUGCAAAUCAAGAGGAUAAGAAUAAAUUACCUAUGAAUAAUACGCCUGGAUGCCAAGAUCCCGUGACUAAAAGAAAAGAUGAAGUAUUAAGUACCGAUGAUCCUACUGAAUACCGCGACUUCAAGUUACCCGGUAGUAAAAGACGUGAUAAAUCGCUUACACUGUCCACUCCCAAUAAUAAUAAUAAUAACAAUAAUAAUAAACCUCAAUUUUACUCACCAGCCAGUCGUCGUUCGUCUAACAAAAGUUUUAAAAUUUGGUCAGACAUAUACGCUGAGAAUUUACGUAAAGCUGACAACAAUCUUACAGCACUUCAAGAUAAAGUGAGAAAAUCUCUACUGACUGAUGAUGAUAAACUUAUUACCCCUGAAGUAAUCAAUGACAGUGCAGCGACAAAAUGCAAAUGCAAUAGUCGUCGUCAGCUACAAGAUUCACCGGUGAAAAUAGGCAAAAGUUUCUCUUCUUUGGAUCUUUUGAAUACAGACAAGAAAGCUGAUCGUAUAUUCUAUGAAAAAUAUGGAGUACUUGCUAGUGAUGUUAAAAAAUUCAAAGAUUACUGUGAUGAUGAAGAUAUCCUGUGUCCUGAAGUUGGUCUAUCUCCCACUGAAAUAAAAGGUCAUUUAACCAGUGGAGAUCAAGGAAAUGUAGAGUCACCAGUGAUGAAUUGCAAGACGAAUUCUUCUAUCCCAAGUGCAUCGAAUGUUGUGCCUCAUACUGAAGUAAAUGUGAAGAAUGCUACAAAGUCAAAUUAUGAAAGCCAGUCACCAAAUCAGAAUAUUUCAAAGCCUAAUAAUAAUAAAGGUUUUGUCAAUCUUUCAGAGUGUAUAAGUCAUCUGAUUGAAGAGCGUUCUCGUAUCCAGGGGAAACUGUUUCGUUUGAAGCUACUCUACAAAACGUAUAAACGACGCUUAGAUAAUUUAGAUUCAAGUUUAUUAGCACUACAAAAACAGACCAACAUAGAUCCUUCAGAUGAUGGCUUAUCCCCUUCUAAAACCGGCAAACCAUCAUAUCCUAAUUCUAAUGAUUGCGCAGACAAGGCGAACAACACAUCGAUAUCGCAUCAAAGUCCAACAGCUGACAAGCAACUUCCGGUCACUCCUCAAAUUCCAAUGACUAAAAAAGUAGUAGUGACCACCAAGUCAUCAAUAAAUCAAAAACGUGAAGAUAAGUCAACUCAAUCACCAGCAGCAUUAUCAUCAUCAUUAUCACCAGCAUCAUUACCUAAUUGUCAUCACCAUCAUCAACAUCAUCAGCAUUCAAAUAUUUGGCAGACAACAAGACGAUCUAUGUCUGUUCCACGUUCACCACUGCCGUUGAAUCAUUGUAGAAAUUCCACUUCUACUACUGCUGGUGCUGCUGCUGCUACUAAUCAUUUUCUUCAUGAUAACAUUUCAAAAACUUCACAAGAUCUAGCUGUAUCUUUAGCAUCAAUUGAUUUACAACUGCAUCAUGUACUAAACCAUUUAGAUUCAAGCAUCACACCUAAUCAUCAGUUACCUGUGAAGAAUUAUUCAUGCUCAGAAUGUGAAUGUUGUUGUUGUUGUUCUGUUUCAGCAAGAAAUGAUAAUGCUACUGAACAAUCGCCUUGUUUACAUGUACAUGAGCGUGAGCGUGAAGAUGAGGAAAAUAUUCAGCAGAUUGAACAGUGUUUAGAAAAUAUUGAUUUAAAUGAUACUACACCACCAUUAUUAUUAGGUGGUUGUACAUCGAGUAAUUUAAGUUGUCUACCAUCGUGUAGUUGUUGGAAAAGUCAAUGUAAAUCUCAGAGUAGUAAUAGAACAAUGGAGUUAUUCAGUUCCCCGACUAAUCGUCUACUGAAUUCAUAUUCAGUAGGUGUAGAUUAUAAUGAAUUGGAGAGUGUUCGUGCUUCCCUAGGAAGCCUGUUAAAGUCUGCUCGCAAGCCGAAUAAUACAUUGCAUUCUCAAACUCCGUGCAAAAAUAAUAAUAGUAAUAAUAAGGACAGUAAUGAUAAUCAUAAUUCUGAUUCGCCUUAUAAGUGCAAAUAAUCAUUCCUAUAUGAAAUAAUGAACUUUUUUAUACGUUUUUUUACUUUCAAUAAAUUUCGCUUUUAUCCAUGCAUGUUAUUUGUCCUAUUCUUACUGAAUAAUUGUAAUUGCAAUUAUUAUUAUUAUUUGUACCUAACAUUUUAAAUACCCUUAUGUGCAUUUCAAUGGAUUUUAUUACGUG